AUGGUUAUGGGAGUAGAUGAUUGGAAGUCAUUGGAUUCAAAUUCAACGAUUGAUAGAGAGACGUCAAACCGGUCCUCUCACCAACCUCUACUCCUACGUUGUUGUUCCUUCUCGGUUCUGCGAGCUCUUCUCGUGGAUCCAUGGCGAAAUCCUGGCCGCAAUUUGGUGUUUGCUAUCAAUGGGGAGCGUUUCGAGCUCUCUGAUGUUGAUCCUUCCACUACUCUGCUUGAAUUUUUGCGAACUGAGACGCGAUUCAAGGGCGCAAAGCUCGGAUGUGGAGAAGGUGGUUGCGGGGCUUGUGUUGUUCUAUUGUCAACCUAUGAUGUGUCAUGCGGACGAGUGAAUCAGUUCUCUGUGAGCUCAUGCCUCACUCUUCUUUGCAGUAUAAAUCUCUGUUCGGUUAUGACCAUUGAGGGGAUUGGAAAUAGUAAGGAUGGUUUUCAUUCAAUUCAAGAGAGGUUUGCAGGUUUCCAUGCUUCUCAGUGUGGUUUUUGUACUCCUGGAAUGUGCAUGUCUCUUUGUUCUGCUCUUGUCAAUGCUGACAAAACCAAUAGGCCUGAACCUCCACAUGGAUUUUCAAAGAUCACUGUUGCUGAAGCAGAGAAAGCUAUUGCCUGUAACCUAUGUAGGUGCACUGGUUACCGGCCUAUUGUGGAUGCCUGCAAAAGUUUUGCUGCUGAUGUUGAUUUAGAAGAUUUAGGCCUCAAUUCAUUUUGGAAGAAAGGGGAUAAACAUGUGAAUGUAAACAUGUUGCCUUUCUAUGAUGGAACUCAAAAUGGACUUGGCACAUUUCCUGACUUCCUAAAGUCCGAAAUCGAAUCCUCAAUCCGUAGUUGUUCUGAUCCGUUGUCAGAAAACGGAGGUAAUUCUAGUAGAGCAGCAGCUGAUGCCUCAAAUCCAAUCGAGAAUGUGAAGUUGGCACAGGGCCGUUGGUAUCGUCCUAGUAGUAUCGAUGAACUUAGAACAAUAAUGUUUUCUGAAAGACUGAAUGGGAUGAGUAAUGUAAAAUUGGUUGCUGGUAACACAGGUUCUGGUUACUAUAAGGAAGAGGAUAUUUUUGACAAAUAUAUUGAUAUCAGAGGAAUCCCAGAACUUUCAGUGGUGAAAAGGAAUAACAGAGGCAUUGAAAUCGGGGCAGCUGCCACAAUUUCUUGGGUUAUUGAAGUUCUGAGAGAAGAAAGUGAAGGCUUGCAGUUAAAUGAAAGAUUGAUGUUUAACAAAAUUGCUGAUCAUAUGAAUAAGGUUGCUACACAAUUUAUUCGAAAUACUGCCAGUCUGGGAGGUAAUCUCAUCAUGGCCCAAAGAAGACAGUUUCCAUCAGACAUUGCAACAAUACUUCUUGCAGCAGGUUCAACUGUCUGUAUUGAUGUGGGCUCAGAAAAGAUAACUCUCUCCCUUGAGGAGUUCUUGGAGAGCUCCGCAUGCGACAGCUCAACCUUGCUUCUGAGUGUCCAUAUUCCAUUCUGCACUCCGUUCAUCCACUCUUUAUCUGGAAUUAAUGGAAUUAAUGACAUAACUAAUUCCAAAUCCACAAAGGAAUGCAAUUUACUGUUUGAAACUUACAGAGCAUCGCCACGCCCUCUUGGAAAUGCUCUGGCUUAUCUGAAUUCAGCUUUCAUGGCUCAUAUUUCUAUGGAUGAGGUUUCUGGGGAUCAUUUUGUGGAAAAUGUGCGUCUUGUUUUUGGUGCUUAUGGAUGCGAGCACGCUAUUAGAGCAAAAGAAGUUGAGAAGUUUUUAGUGGGUAAAACUAUGACCGUAUCUGUUCUGCUUGAAGCAAUCAAAUUACUUAAAAAAACUAUCGUACCAAAAGAUGACACCCCACAUUCUACUUAUAGAUCAAGUUUGGCGGUUGGUUUUUUAUUUAGAUUUCUGCAACCAAUUGCUCAAGGUUUGGCAGGGCCUCUUAGAAAUGUUCCUGUGGUAUCAUGCAGUACUGAAGAAAUCGUUGAAGAUCAUAAUAGCAUCAUCAGAAAAUCCAUCGGUUUGAACAAAGAGGAUUGUCAUCAAAUUUAUGAUGAUGAUGAUGAUGAUGAUUCGCAUUUAUCUUCCAAACAGGUAUUAAAAUUUAAUGCUGAUUAUUGUCCUGUUGGUGAACCAAUUAAAAAGGCAGGAGCUCUUGUUCAAGCUUCAGGUGAGGCAGUUUUUGUGGAUGAUAUACCUUCUCCCAAAGGUUGUCUUUAUGGAGCAUUCAUUUACAGCACACGCCCGUUAGCUCAUGUUAAAGGCUUUGAGUUCAAAUCAACUCUAGCAUCAGAAAAGAUCAUCAGUGUUGUUUCUUCCAAGGAUAUCCCUAGUGGUGGAAAAAAUACUGUGGUAAAUCCUGUGUUAGGAGUGGAACCAGUGCUUGCAAGCAACCUUACCGAGUAUGCUGGUCAACCUCUUGGUAUUGUGAUUGCAGAAAAGCAGAGGUUUGCUAAUAUGGCAGCAAAACAAGCAAUUGUCAACUAUAGCACAGAGAAUUUAGAACCACCAAUUUUAUCAAUAGAAGAUGCUGUAAAAAAAUCCAGUUUCUUUGAGAUCCCUCCUCGUUUCUAUCCUAAGCAGAUUGGUGAUUUUUCCAAAGGAAUGGAGGAAGCUGAUCACAAGAUUCUCUCUGCUGAGGUUUUGCUUGGUUCUCAGUAUCAUUUUUAUAUGGAAACUCAAACAGCCCUAGCCAUACCAGAUGAAGAAAACUGCAUGUUGGUCUAUAGUUCAACGCAGAUCCCAGAGGCUACACAGAGAACCGUUGCUGAAUGCCUUGGCAUACCACAUCACAAUGUCCGUGUGAUCACAAGAAGAGUUGGAGGAGGUUUCGGAGGGAAAGUUUCAAAAUCAGUGCAUAUUGCGGCUGCUUGUGCACUAGCGGCAUAUAAGUUGCGCUGUCCAAUUCGAAUGUACCUAGAUCGCAAAACUGAUAUGGUAAUGGCAGCAGGACGACACCCAAUGAAAGUAAAUUACUCAGUUGGUUUCAAAUCUAGUGGGAAGAUUACGGCUUUGCAUGUAGAUGUGUUCAUCAAUGCAGGCAUUUCUGAAGACAUAAGCCUACUAUUGCCAUUUAGUAUCAUGGCAGGACUGAAAAAAUACAAUUGGGGCUCCCUCUCUUUUGAUCCAAUGGUUUGCAAAACAAAUAUUUCAUCAAAAUCAGCCAUGCGUGGCCCUGGUGAGACACAAGGAUCUUUUAUUGCCGAAGUUGUUAUUGAGCAUGUGGCAUCAAUUCUGUCCAUCCAUUCUGAUUCAAUUAGAAAGAUGAAUCUUCAUGACUUCAAAAGCCUCACAAAGUUUUAUGAAGGUGCUGCAGGAGAACCUUUUGAAUAUACUUUACCUUCUAUUUUCAAUAAAUUCACAUUAUACUCGAGUUAUCAGGAUCGUGCUGAAAUGAUCCAGCAGUUCAAUAGCUGCAACAGAUGGAAAAAACGUGGUCUCUCCUGUGUACCCAUUAUAUAUCAAGUAUCGGUCAGGCCAACUCCAGGGAAAGUCGGCAUUCUAAAUGAUGGUUCAAUUAUUGUAGAAGUUGGAGGAGUGGAAAUAGGCCAGGGACUCUGGACGAAAGUAAAGCAAACAGCAGCUUUUGCUCUUGGACAACUAUGGGAUGAUAGAAUUCAGGACCUUCUGGAGAGGGUAAGAGUUAUUCAAGCGGAUACAUUUAGUCUUAUUCAAGGAGGAUAUACAGCAGGGAGCACCACAUCUGAAUCGAGCUGUGAAGCUGUUCGUCUUGCCUGCAAUAUCCUGAUUGACAGACUAAAGUUUCUCAAGGACAGCUUGCAACAGAAAAUGGGUUCAAUUUCAUGGGAUACCUUAAUACUCCAAGCAAAAACUCAAGCAGUCAAUUUAUCAGCAAGUUGUUACUGGGUUCCUGACCCUAGUUCAAAUAUAUAUCUAAAUUAUGGUGCUGCUAUAAGUGAGGUGGAGAUCGAUCUUCUUACUGGUGCUACCACGAUUUUGCAGGCGGAUCUUACCUAUGAUUGUGGCAAGAGCUUAAACCCUGCUAUUGAUUUAGGACAGAUCGAAGGUUCUUUUGUUCAAGGUAUUGGGUUUUUUAUGUCUGAGGAGUUCAUCACAAACUCUGAGGGAUUAGUAGUGACAGAUGGAACCUGGACAUACAAAAUUCCCACUGUUGACACCAUCCCAAAAAAAUUCAACGUCGAAUUUCUGGAAAGUGAGUAUCAUGAAAAGCGUGUUCUUUCCUCGAAAGCUUCUGGGGAGCCCCCUUUGCUUUUAGCAGCCUCAGUUCACUGUGCAGCAAGAGAAGCAAUCAAAGCAGCUCGAGAAGAAUUUAAUUGCACUUCCGCUUCUCCUGAUAUAUUUCAAAUGAAUGUUCCUGCAACCAUGCCAGUAAUCAAGGAACUCUGUGGUCUUGACAUCGUAGAAAGAUAUCUGGAGAAUUCAUUAUUUGCUCAAAACUGAAGAAAGUAUGAUGUCUUCCAAAUCAUUCAGUCUCAUCCUAUAAAUUAUAGCAAACUCCAUUCCACUGUAUGUAUUUCUUAAUCUUUACAAUCCUUAUUAUCAAAUUCUUAGUACUUCAAUAGCACUUAUCUUGGAUUUGUGUUCA